AAUCCCUUACCUUUUCUCGCGCGGCAACCACACUUAAUCAGAUCAGAAGGGUUUCAAUGUCUCAUUAACUUAACUCGCCGCCGUUUAAGUAGUCACAAAAAUGUACAACGGCGUAGAUAACCGGAGACGAGACCGGAACAACAAUUUUAACCGGAACUCAAAGAAGCAGAAAUUUAUUCGAAACGCAGAAGAAGAACUCGACUCAAAGUUCGGCUUCGAUCUCUUCAACGAAGGCGAUAAGCGUCUCGGUUGGCUUCUCACUUUGUCAUCUUCAUCUUGGGAGGAUCAAGAAACGCGAAGAGUACAUAGUUGUGUUGAUCUCUAUUUUGUAUCUCAGGAUGGUUCUGCUUUCAAGUCGCAGUUUAAGUUCCAUCCUUAUUUUUAUGCCGCCACGAAGGAUAAAAUGGAAAUGGAUGUUGAUGCAUAUCUGCGGCGACGAUAUGAAAGUCAAAUUGCUGAUAUUGAAAUUGUGGAAAAGGAAGACUUAGAUCUUAAAAACCAUUUGUCCGGUUUGCAUAAAAGAUAUCUGAAAAUAUCUUUUUCUACUGUUCAACAAUUAAUGGAUGUGAAGAGAGAUCUGUCAUAUGUUGUUGAAAGAAACAGGGCAAAGUUUGAUACUGCAGAAGCAUACGAGUCCAUAUUAACGGAGAAGAGCAGAGAACAAAGACCUCAAGAUUUUUUAGAUUGUAUAGUUGAUCUCCGGGAGUAUGAUGUUCCAUAUCAUGUUCGUUUUGCGAUUGAUAAUGAUAUUAGAUGUGGGCAGUGGUAUGAUAUUAGUGUAUCCAGUACUGGCAUUAUGCUUGAAAAGAGGACUGAUCUUCUGCAGCGUGCUGAAGUACGCGUAUGUGCAUUUGAUAUUGAAACCACCAAGCUUCCACUGAAAUUUCCAGAUGCUGAUUAUGACCAAAUAAUGAUGAUAUCUUACAUGGUUGAUGGACAAGGAUACUUGACCAUUAACAGAGAGUGUGUAGGGGAAGAUAUAGAUGAUCUAGAAUAUACUCCUAAACCAGAAUAUGAAGGGUGUUUUAAGGUGACCAAUGUGCAAAAUGAGGUACAGCUACUUAGACAGUGGUUUGCCCACAUGCAAGAGGUGAAACCUGGAAUAUAUGUUACUUACAAUGGUGAUUUUUUUGACUGGCCAUUUAUGGAAAGCCGAGCAGCUUAUCAUGGGCUUAAGAUGAGUGAUGAGGUUGGUUUUUCUUGUGACAAGAAUCAGGGAGAGUGCCGUGCUAGAUUUGCUUGCCAUUUGGAUUGUUUUGCUUGGGUCAAACGUGAUAGUUAUCUGCCUCAAGGGAGUCAGGGCCUUAAGGCUGUCACUAAGGCAAAAUUGGGAUAUGAUCCCAUGGAGGUCAAUCCAGAAGAUAUGGUUCGCUUUGCAAAAGAAAAGCCUCAGACGAUGGCGUCCUACUCAGUGUCUGAUGCUGUUGCAACUUAUUAUUUGUACAUGACCUAUGUUCAUCCAUUCAUUUUCUCUCUUGCCACCAUAAUUCCCAUGCCACCAGAUGAGGUUUUGCGCAAAGGUAGUGGGACACUUUGUGAAAUGCUUCUUAUGGUGCAGGCGUACAAGGCAAAUGUUAUCUGCCCUAACAAGCACCAAUCCGACCCUGAGAAGUUCUAUAAGAACCACCUUCUUGAGAGUGAGACAUACAUUGGUGGCCAUGUGGAGUGCCUUGAAAGUGGGGUAUUCAGAUCUGAUCUGCCAACUAAUUUUAAGCUUGAUCCCUCUGCGUAUAAUCAACUGAUUGAAAACCUUGAUCGAGACCUUCAAUAUGCUGUAAGAGUAGAGGGUAAGAUGGACUUGGAUUUAGUCUCCAAUUAUGAUGAAGUGAAAAAUGCCAUCAUGGAAAAGCUGGUGAAUUUGAGGGAUGAACCAGUGCGUGAAGAGUGCCCUCUUAUUUAUCAUUUAGAUGUUGCUGCAAUGUAUCCUAACAUUAUUUUGACAAACAGACUUCAGCCCCCCUCUACAGUUACUGAAGAGAUAUGUACUGCAUGUGACUUUAACCGUCCAGACAAAACUUGUCUUCGAAAGCUUGAAUGGGUUUGGCGUGGAGAGAUAUUUAUGGCGAAGAAAAGUGACUAUUAUCAUUUGAAGAGGCAAAUUGAGUCUGAGUUUGUUGAUGGCACUGAUGGUCAGUUGUCAAAAUCAUUUCUUGACCUCCCUAAGGUGGAUCAACAAUCAAAACUUAAAGAGCGUCUAAAGAAAUACUGUCAGAAGGCAUAUAAACGGGUGAUUGACAAGCCUGUCACUGAACUUCGAGAAGCAGGGAUCUGCAUGCGUGAAAAUCCAUUCUAUGUUGACACUGUUCGCAGCUUUCGGGAUAGGAGGUAUGAAUAUAAAGGACUUAAUAAAGUUUGGAAGGGGAAGUUAUCAGAAGCCAAAGCUAGUGGGAAUUCCAUCAAGAUCCAGGAAGCACAGGACAUGGUUGUGGUUUAUGAUUCACUGCAACUUGCACACAAGUGUAUUCUUAAUUCCUUCUAUGGAUAUGUUAUGCGCAAAGGUGCAAGAUGGUAUUCAAUGGAAAUGGCAGGUGUAGUGACAUAUACAGGAGCAAAAAUAAUUCAGAAUGCUCGGUUGCUUGUUGACAAAAUUGGAAAACCACUUGAGUUGGAUACUGAUGGUAUUUGGUGUGUGCUCCCUGGAUCUUUUCCAGAAAACUUCACAUUUAAAACAAAUGACUUGAAGAAAAAACUUACAAUAUCAUAUCCAUGUGUGAUGCUAAAUGUUGAUGUUGCAAGAAACAACACAAAUGAGCAAUAUCAGACGCUUAUAGAUCCUGUGAAUAAGACAUAUUCAACACAUAGUGAAUGCUCAAUCGAAUUUGAAGUUGAUGGCCCAUAUAAGGCAAUGAUUAUUCCUGCUUCCAAGGAAGAGGGAAUUUUAAUUAAGAAGCGUUAUGCUGUUUUUAAUGAUGACGGUACCCUUGCUGAGCUUAAAGGUUUUGAAAUCAAGCGUAGAGGUGAGCUAAAGCUCAUCAAAGUUUUCCAGGCUGAGCUUUUUGACAAGUUCCUUCAUGGAUCAACUUUAGAGGAAUGCUAUUCAGCUGUAGCUGCUGUAGCCAACCGGUGGCUUGAUCUUCUUGAUAAUCAAGGGAAGGAUGUUGCUGACAGUGAGUUGCUUGAUUAUAUAUCUGAAUCAAGCACGAUGAGCAAGUCGUUGGUAGAUUAUGGUCAACAGAAGUCAUGUGCUGUGACCACUGCAAGACGUCUUGCAGAUUUUCUAGGUGAUACCAUGGUUAAAGAUAAAGGAUUACGUUGUCAAUAUAUAGUUGCAUGUGAACCAAAGGGGACUCCUGUGAGUGAGCGUGCUAUUCCUGUGGCAAUAUUUGAAACUGAUUCUGAAAUAAUAAAAUUCUAUUUACGAAAAUGGUGUAAGACUUCAACGGAUGUGGCCAUUAGAUCUAUCAUUGACUGGUCCUAUUACAAGCAACGGCUAAGUUCGGCAAUUCAGAAAACUAUUACAAUUCCUGCUGCAAUGCAGAAGGUUGCAAACCCUGUUCCUAGGGUAGUUCACCCAGACUGGCUUCAUAAAAAGGUUCGUGAAAAAGAGGACAAAUUUCGUCAAAGAAAAUUGGUUGAUAUCUUCAGCUUUACCAACAAGGAUGAUUUAUUAAGGAAGAAUAACAGUGCCCUCACUGACAAUUAUAUGAUGGAUAAGGAGAGUGAGGAUUUGGAAGACUUUGGAAACAAAAGCAAUUCUAUUAAUGGGCCUAGACCAAUUGUUCGCUGCUACGCAAUCAAUAAUGAAAAACAUGCACUCAAGGCAACUGGUACAGUAAACUCCUCACAACAGCAAAAUAAUGAUGGAGAAAGUGUACAAGAUUUGUUUUCAGUCAUGCAAAAAAAAUCAUCCUCUGCAGAAUCUAUUGAUAGAAAUGUAGAUUAUCAGGGGUGGCUUGAAUCCAAGAAAAGAAAGUGGAAAGAACAUCUGGAAAUGAGGAAGAGGCAAAGGUUGGGAAAUUUGAGGAAUUCAAGUUGUGCUAAUGGUGCUUUUGAGCCCUUGGGCAGUCAGAAAAAUCAUAAGAAUACCCAGCACCGAGCUGGUGUUGGUUCCUAUUUUACAACAUACGAAAGAUCCCUGACAAGCUGCCCCUGGCAGAUCAUCCAGCUUCUUCCAAGUUCACAAUGUGGCCAAUUUUCUGCGUGGGUGGUUGUUGAAGGGAUCAUGUGUAAGAUUCCAAUAAUAGUUCCAAGAGUCUUUUACCUCAACUCAAAAGCACCUACAACAGAAAAGUUUCCAGGAAGGCGUGUGAACAAGACUCUUCCUCAUGGAAGGCCUAACUAUAACCUAGUUGAGGUUAUCAUAGAUGAAGAUAAGUUUAAAAAAGAAAGCAAAAAGCUAGCUGCUCUUCUUGCAGAUCCAGAAAUUGAGGGAAUAUACGAAACAAAGGUGCCACCAGAAUUUAACGCCAUACUCCAAAUUGGUUGUGUCUGUAAAGUGGAUAAAACAGCCAAGAAACGAAAUGCUCAGGAUGGAUGGAAUCUGAGCGAACUGCAAAUGAAGACAACAGCAGAAUGUUCUUAUUUAGAGCAAUCAAUAGCCUUCUUCUACCUAUAUCAAAGCAUAUCCGAAGGACGUGCUGUUUUUGUCCUCUAUUGGCCUUUAUUGAGAACAGUCUCUGUUGUGGUUGUCAAUCCUUAUCAAAAUAAAGACCUAUCGCCAUCUUUUCUUGAAAGGCAGUUCCGUGAAGCUUGCAUUGCAUUGUCUGUUGAACCACCAACACCUGGGAAUGAUGUUGUUUUCAAGGUGGGUUAUGUCGGGCAUGUCAAGGAUGCCGAGAGAAUUUUGCAGGGAACAAUAAGUGAACUUAGAGAUAAGCAUCAUGGCCCUACAAUUGCUGUUAUUGAAUGCCCAAAUGCUCAUAUGAUGAAAUCAGGCAUACCCGCUCUUGAUAAUUUUCCGUGUGUGUCUAUACCUUCCAAUUCUCGUGACAGUCAGUAUCAGGUCCUUGGAUGGCAACAAGCUGCUGCAAAAAUUGCAAUGCAACGUGCUGCUGCAUCAUCUCAGUGGUUGAAUGAAAGGAUUUCUCUCUCAAGAUAUGCCCAUGUCCCUUUGGGAAAUUUUGAACUUGACUGGCUUAUAUUUACAGCAGAUGUUUUCAUUUCUAGAGCAUUGCGAGAUCAGCAACAGUUACUUUGGAUUUCGGAUGAUGGCGUGCCUGAUCUAGGGGGAAUAAGUGAAGAACCUUCAUGUUUUGCAGACGAGGUCCAUCAACCUGUCCUUACAUAUCCUGGAGCGUAUAGGAAAAUUUCUGUAGAGUUGAAGAUUCAUCACCUGGCUGUAAAUGCUCUGCUCAAGAGCAAUCAAGUGAAUGAAAUGGAAGGAGGUGCCCUUUUGGGGUUUGAACAAGACAUGGGUGCUGGUUCACAUAUUUGUGAACAAUAUGGCUUUGAUGAGGCUAUUUCAUCUGCACCUGCAUUACGUGUCCUCAAACAACUGAUCCAAAGGUGCCUUGCAGAUGCAGUUACAUCAGGAAGUGUAUUUGCUGAUGCAAUAUUGCAACAUCUUUAUCGAUGGCUCUGCAGCCCUCAGUCAAAGCUUCAUGACCCAGCGCUCCACCGAAUACUUCACAAGGUUAUGCAAAAGGUGUUUGCUUUGCUCUUGGCUGAAUUUCGCAAGUUAGGUGCCACAAUCAUAUUUGCAAAUUUUUCGAAGGUUAUUAUAGACACUGGAAAGCUCAGUCUAUCUGCAGCAAAAGCUUACUGUGAUAGCUUGCUCAAAACUUUGCAAACAAGAGAACUGUUUGAGUGGAUUGAGCUUGAGCCAUUACAGUUCUGGCAUUCCUUGCUUUUCAUGGAUCAGUACAAUUAUGGCGGUAUUCCAGCCAGAGCUGAUGAUUGUUCGCACAGUGAAUCUCAAGGGGUUAAUCCUCAAAGACAGGGGUCGCAAGUGGAUAUUGUAUCAAGCUGGAAUAUUGCUGAAUACUUACCCAAGAAAAUUCAGGAUCAUUUUGUCUUGAUAGUCUCAGAAUUUAUGUUUAUUCCCUGGGAACAUGCACAAAAGCAAGCUGCAAACAGAGCAUCUUUGCAGGAAAUCAGCUCUUGUACUCCAUCAAUCACCGUUUCAGCUGCUGAGACAUUUGAAUCACACAUGGUGGACUAUCUUAAAGGGCAGAUCGGCACUUACUUCACAGACAAACUCCUAGGAAUUGUUCGUGAAACUGUCCUUCAUUUAAAGGGGAUAAAUAAUUCUGAAAAAGAUCGCCAAACAUCUAAUUUCCCACAAUUUGCGGGUAACAUAUGUAAAAAGGAUCCCGCUCUGGAAUUCAUUAAAAAUGUCUGCGCUGUUCUGGCCCUUGACCUUAACGUACAACAUGAAGUUCUGGUGAUGAGGAAGAAUCUUUUGAAAUAUGUCAGAGUGCGAGAGUUUGCUCCUGAAGCAGAGUUUCAUGAUCCCUGUCCUUCUUUUGUCUUGCCGAAUGUAAUUUGCAGCUACUGCAAUGACUGCAAAGACCUAGAUUUGUGUCGUGACUCGGCUUUACUGGCUCAAGAGUGGCGCUGUGCUGUCCCACAGUGUGGCCAGCCUUAUGACCGAGAGGUAAUGGAGAAUGCUCUUCUUCAAAUUGUACGGCAAAGGGAACGCCUAUAUCAUUUGCAGGAUCUAGUGUGCAUUAGGUGCAACCAGGUCAAAGCUGCACAUAUGGCGGAACAGUGUUCAUGUGCAGGAUCAUAUAGAUGCAAGGAAGAUGUGUCUGAAUUCCGCUCCAAAAUGCAGAUUUUCUUAAAUGUCGCCAUCCGUCAGAAGUUUCAACUCCUCAAAGAGUGUGCUUCUUGGAUAUUGGAAGUUCAAUAGUUGGUCAUAAAAGAUUUUAUGCUGAUAGCAUUUCAAGUAGCGCGUCUGCAGCACAUAGACUCCUGGCCUUAUCUCGUCAGCAAGACGAGUGAGCGGAACUAGCCACCAUCAAAAUGGGAGUGGCACUUCAAAGGAUGAUCGUAUUUGAUAAGAUGGUUAGACUUCCACUUGAAAGAGGCCAUGUUGGCAAAAGUUGAAGGCCAAGCAGUUAACCCAAAUGGACUAAAAGUUAUGUUUCAUUUGAUAAGACCAACUUGAGUGUAGGGGGUGUGCAUCCAGUUGGAGCUGAACUUAACUGAAACUUAGUUUCAGUUCGGUUCGGUUUGCAUUGAACUUUAAUGAAAUCUGAAAGUAAAUUAAAUUAAAAAUUUAUAGUGUCAAAGUGAACCGAAUCAACAAAAUUUGAUUUGGUUUGUUUUGAUUUAGAUUUUGCACAACCCUAAUACUGAGUAGUUUUUGAGAGUCCCUGUCAAUUCGUUUACAGUUCAAUUGCUGCUGCCAAGGGAAGACCGGAGCAAGUGAUUGUGAGAGUAUCUUCGAAAUGUUUUUUUAUCUUUGUUGAUGUAAAUUGUUAAAGGUGUAAAGUAAAUAAAUAUUUGUCAUUGAUAAAGCAGCAUAAUUACUAAAUGUGUUUCUUGUUUAGAA